AUGAUUAAACGGAUAUUGUAUCAAUUAUCGAGGCCCAUUAUGUGCGAUAAAGUAAUAAUAGUAGCUGGUACAACAGGCGUUGGAAAAUCUCAGUUGUCCAUUCAAUUGGCUAAAAAGUUCAAUGGAGAAGUCAUCAAUUCAGAUUCCAUGCAAAUGUACAAGAAUAUACCUGUUAUAACAAAUAAACACCCUAUGGACGAACGUGAAGGUGUGCCUCAUCAUGUUAUGAACCACGUUGAUUGGUCUGAGGAAUAUUACCUCCAUAGAUUUGAAGAGGAAUGUAUUAGAUCGAUUGAAGACAUACAUAAGAGAAACAAAGUUGCUAUCGUUGUUGGGGGUACUCAUUAUUAUUUACAAGCUUUAUUUAAAAAAAGUGUGACUGAUGAAGAAAGGGCAUUAACAGAAGAAGAGAACAAGAUAUUGAAUUCUGAAGAUCCCGAUUUAAUAUACAAUACUUUAGUUAAAUAUGAUCCAGAGAUCGCUGAUAAGUAUCAUCGUAAUGACACCAGAAGAGUUAAAAGAAUGCUGGAAAUUUAUUAUGUCACUGGGAAAAAACCUAGUGCAACAUUCAAGGAUCAAGAGGUUUCAUUAAGAUAUCCAACGCUAUUUUUAUGGUUAUAUAGUAACCCAGAUGAAUUAGCUAAGCGAUUGGAUGAUCGUGUAGAUAAAAUGUUAGCUAGUUCAGGUAUGGAAGAAAUUCAAGAAUUAUUUAAGUAUUACACAGAAAAUAAUUUAUCUUCAGAAACAUGUGAAAAUGGUGUCUGGCAAGUUAUUGGUUUCAAGGAAUUUUUGCCUUGGUUACUAAAGCAGCCUGAUGCUGUAUUAGAUGAAUGUAUAGAAAGAAUGAAGAUUAGAACACGACAAUACGCUAAGAAACAAGUUAAAUGGAUAAAGAAAAUGCUAAUUCCUGAUAUAAAUGGUGAUAUAUACAUACUAGAUGCGACAGAUUUAACGAAAUGGGAUUCUAACGUGGGUCUGCGAUCAGAUUGUAUUACUUCACAGUUUUUGAAUGAUGUAAAUAUAAAUGUAGAUAGAGCGCCUGAUACACUCAAAACCUUAUUGAAUGAAGCUAACACAAUUUUACCAAAAAAUAACGAUUUUACCAAUUAUACCUGUGAUGUUUGCAAGGACCAAAAUAACAAAUCAUUGGUAGCAAUUGGUAAGCGAAAUUGGGACAUUCACAUUAAAGGUAGAAGACAUAAUUCAAACCUAAAUCGUGGUAAGAAGAAACAAGAAUAUGAAAAUUAUAAACGGCUAAAAGAAGCUAAUAAAAAUGAAUAA